AUGUCUGCUUCCACUUUGCCUUCAUCACCUUUCUUUACUUUAGUUUUAGCUGACCAAGAAACUGAACAAGAUGGCCAGGCGGAAGAAAUAAAACAGUACCUAAAUGAUAUCUUGAAGAAUGUG